AAUAAUAGCAGUUGCCAUAGCGAAUGUUCGGAAAACAAUGACGAAAAUGUCAGCAACAUUGACGAUCCUGAAGAUUAUUUUGAAGAAGAUUUGUAUUUACGUGAUCCUGCUUUGUUUAGGGUAACUGAGCAAAACAGACAGAUUGGAGCAGACACCAUGAUGACCCCUGCUACAGCCCUCCAAGAACAAUGCCAUUAUUCCUCUCACAAGCUAGAUAGACAAUCACCUGGUCUUGCGUUUUCUGAGCCGCCUCUUUUUAUCACAAAAGUUAACUCUAUUGAAGUGACGUUUUAUUACGGUCAGUUACCAGGAUGCGCAGGAAGACAAUCUGACACCAAAGAGUGGAUAAUAGAGGGAGACAAAAGAAAGAAAAGGCGCUAUAUGUUUAUGUGUGAUUUUGGAGAAGAAAGUAUGUAUGCUUUAAGAUGGGGCAUCGGUACCCUACUACGAGAUGGAGACGAGGUAGACGUUGUCAGCGUUAUCCAUACGAACGAGGAAGUG